AUGUUUCCAACAGUAAUACUGCUCAUCUUCUGCAGUUUUCUGCAGUCUGCUGCUUUUGAAGGAAAUUAUUGGCCCCAUUUUUUUCUCCAAAAACAGAAAGAAUCUCUGCAAAGAAUUUUGAGCAAGGAUUCCUGUUCUACAUGGGGUGGAGGGCAUUUUUCAACCUUUGAUAAAUACCAGUAUGACUUCACUGGGACCUGCAACUAUAUCUUUGCAACUGUAUGUGAUGAAACCAGUCCAGACUUCAACAUCCAGUUCCGCCGUGGGCUGGACAAAAAAAUCGCGAGGAUCAUUAUUGAGCUGGGACCUUCUGUCGUCAUUAUUGAGAAAGGCAGCAUUUCUGUUAGGAAUGUUGGUGUCAUUAAGUUGCCUUACACUAGCAAUGGAAUUCAAAUAGCACCUUAUGGACACAACAUCCAACUGGUGGCCAGGCUGAUGGAGAUGGAGCUAGUUGUCAUGUGGAACAAUGAUGAUUAUCUCAUGGUUGUGACUGAAAAAAAAUAUAUGGGGAAAACCUGCGGAAUGUGUGGAAAUUACGAUGGUUAUGAAUUGAAUGAAUUUGUGAGUGAAGGUAAAUUGCUGGAUACAUAUAAAUUUGCUGCAUUACAAAAAAUGGACGAUCCAUCGGAGAUCUGCCUGUCUGAGGAGUUAUCAAUUUCCAGCAUUCCUCACAAAAAAUAUGCCAUGAUCUGCUCUCAGCUGCUUAACUUGGUGUCACCAACCUGCAGUGUGCCAAAGGAUGGGUUUGUCAUUCGUUGCCAGCUUGAUAUGCAGGACUGUAGUGAGCCAGGACAAAACAAUUGCACUUGCUCUACGCUGUCAGAGUAUUCAAGGCAAUGUGCUAUGGCCCAUCAAAUGGUGUUCAACUGGAGAACUGAAAACUUCUGCUCUGUGGGAAAAUGUUCUGCUAACCAAAUCUAUGAAGAAUGUGGUUCUCCAUGUAUUAAAACUUGUUCCAACCCAGAGUACAGCUGUUCCAGUCACUGUACCUAUGGUUGCUUUUGUCCAGAAGGAACAGUUCUUGAUGACAUCUCAAAGAAUCGAACAUGUGUUCACAUUAAGCAGUGUCCAUGUACACUAAAUGGGAAAAUAUAUGCUCCUGGUGAAACAAUGAAAGCAGCAUGUAGGACGUGUAAAUGUACAAUGGGUCAAUGGAACUGCCAAGACUUGCCCUGCCCUGGAAGGUGUUCACUGGAAGGAGGCUCCUUUGUUACCACGUUUGAUUCUAGAUCGUACAGGUUCCAUGGGGUUUGCACUUAUGUUCUUAUGAAGAGUUCCAACCUGCCACACAAUGGAACCUUAAUGGCUGUAUAUGAAAAGACUGGUUAUUCUCAUUCUGAGACAUCACUUACUGCUGUAAUUUACCUGUCUACAAAGGACAAAAUUGUGAUUUCUCAGAACGAACUCCUUACUGAUGAUGAUGAACUGAAGCGGCUGCCUUACAGAUCAGGAGACAUCACUAUUUUCAGACAAUCCUCAAUGUACAUUCAAAUGUACACAACAUUUGGGGUGGAACUUGUAGUUCAAACAUCACCUGUAUUCCAGGCUUACGUAAAAGUUGGAUCACAAUUCCAAGGCAAAACCCUAGGUUUGUGUGGCAAUUACAAUGGAGACACUACAGAUGACUUCAUGACUAGCAUGGAUAUUACUGAAGGGACAGCCUCCUUGUUUGUAGAUUCCUGGAGGGCAGGAAAUUGUCUUCCUGCUUUAGAGAGAGAUACCGACCCCUGCGCUUUGAGUCAACUGAACAAAAUAUCUGCUGAGACUCAUUGCUCUGUUCUUACCAAGAAGGGUACAGUGUUUGAGAGAUGUCAUGCUGUGGUGAACCCUAUUCCUUUCUACAAGAGAUGUGUCUACCAAGCCUGUAAUUACGAAGAGACAUUUCCUUAUAUUUGUUCUGCCCUGGGAUCAUAUGCACGAGCGUGCAGUUCAAUGGGUUUAAUCCUUGAGAACUGGAGAAACAGCAUGGACAAUUGUACCAUUACUUGUUCUGGAAAUCAAACAUUCAGCUACAACACUCAGGCAUGUGGCAGGACAUGCUUGUCACUUUCCAACCAAGCCUUGGAAUGCUACCCAACUGACAUCCCUAUUGAAGGCUGUCAUUGUCCUGAAGGCGUGUACUUGAACCACAAGAAUGAAUGUGUUCGUAAAUCUUACUGUCCCUGCUAUUUAGAAGACAGAAAGUACAUCUUGCCUGACCAGUCAUUAGUAACUGGUGGGAUUACCUGCUACUGUGUUAAUGGGAAGCUAAGUUGUGCAGGCAGACCUCAAAAUCCUGCAGAAAGCUGCAAAGCUCCUAAGAAAUAUGUAUCAUGUUCUGACAGUUUAGAAAACAAGUAUGGAGCUGCAUGUGCCCCUACCUGUCAGAUGCUGGCUACUGGAAUCGAAUGUAUACCCACUAAAUGUGAGUCAGGAUGUGUCUGUGCUGAUGGGCUAUAUGAAAACCUCGAUGGCAGGUGUGUUCCAGCUGAGGAGUGUCCAUGUGAAUAUGGUGGUCUUGCUUACAGAAAAGGUGAACGGAUUCAAACUGAAUGCGAGAUCUGCACUUGCACAAAAGGCAAAUGGAAAUGUGUCCAGAAAUCAAAGUGUUCCUCAACUUGUAAUCUGUAUGGAGAAGGCCACAUUACCACUUUUGAUGGACAGCGUUUUGUGUUUGAUGGCAACUGUGAAUACAUAUUAGCUAUGGAUGGCUGCAGUGUUAGUAGACCUUUUUCUUCCUUCAAAAUUGUUACUGAGAAUGUCAUCUGUGGGAAAUCAGGUGUUACAUGCUCCAGAUCCAUCAGCAUUUACCUUGGGAAUUUGACGUUUGUACUACGAGAUGAAACCUACAGUAUUUCUGGGGAAAAUCCUGGAGUACAAUAUAAUGUGAAAACGAAUGCCCUUCACCUGAUGUUUGAUAUCAUUAUCCCAGGAAAAUACAACAUGACCCUUAUCUGGAAUAAGCACAUGAACUUCUUCAUCAAAAUCUCUAGAGAAACACAGGAAACUAUAUGUGGUUUGUGUGGGAAUUACAAUGGCAAUAUGAAGGAUGAUUUUGAAACACGAAGCAAGUAUGUGGCAUCAAAUGAAUUGGAGUUUGUCAAUUCUUGGAAAGAGAAUCCUCUCUGUGGGGAUGUAUACUUUGUAGUGGACCCCUGUAGCAAGAACCCUUAUCGUAAAGCAUGGGCAGAAAAGACAUGUUCCGUCAUCAACAGCCAAGUCUUUUCUGCCUGUCACAAUAAGGUGAAUCGUAUGCCCUAUUAUGAGGCCUGUGUUCGAGACUCUUGUGGUUGUGACAUUGGAGGGGACUGUGAAUGCAUGUGUGAUGCCAUUGCAGUAUAUGCCAUGGCAUGCUUAGAUAAAGGCAUCUGCAUUGACUGGAGGACUCCCGAGUUCUGCCCUGUCUAUUGCGAGUAUUACAAUUCUCACAAAAAAACAGGAAGCAGUGAUGCCUAUUCCUAUGCCUACAACAAUGACAACUGCACCUGGCAUUACAGACCUUGUAACUGUCCAAACCAAAGCUAUAAAUAUGUCAACAUUGAAGGCUGUUACAACUGCUCUCAUGAUGAAUACUUUGACUACGAGAAGGAAAGAUGCAUGCCAUGUGGAGGUGAAAGCACUAGUGCCACACCUGAAACAACUUCACCUUCAACAGUAACAACAGUGCAGCCUAAAGUAACAAGAAGCACAACCACAAGUACCCUACCAAGAGUACCAGGUAUUUCUUCUUCUGCAGCUACUCUAUCAACUGAGACUACAAAUCCAACAAUAACCUCAAAAAUCACAGUUCCAAGAACUUCACCAGCAUCAUCUCUUGUCACAGUAAAGUCAAUAACUGAGAUUGAGGGAGCCCAAACAAGUACUCUGCACCACCACAUCCCAGUAGUUGUCACCCAAAGACCACCAACAAAGCCACAUGUGCAGCAUCUCAUCACGCAGAAGACCACCCCUGCCAUAUCCACCAGUAGCACUAGUGUCCCAAGAGAGGCUAGCCCUGCCAGCAGCCCAGAAGUCCCACUGACAAGGAUGUCUCCAAGCCCCAGCUCUUUACCCACCUUUACUUCACCUGCUUCUUCACCCUCAACUGCAUCUUCAGCACGGCUGAAACCAUCACAUCCUGCAAGGGAGCCAACCAGAGCUAAGACUCCAACUAGUAAAGUAGUAACAGCCUUUACCCCUGAGAAGACAGCUGUGCCACACAUGGUGCCCCCUCUCACCACACAGAAGACCACCGCCACCACCUCCAUCAGCAGCACCUCCAAGACCUCUGUCUCCAGCAAGGCCAGCCCCACCAGCAGCACAGAAGUCCCUCUCACAGAGACAUCUCCGAGUUCCAGCUCUCCAUCUGCUCCCAGCAGCACGCUCAGCACCUGGCUGCCAUCUGCUGCCACGGCCACAGUCUCCUCCACAAUGUCCCCAGCCACCAGCCCCAAGCCCACACCUACAACCCUGAGGUCGCUGCCCUCUUCUCCAACCAUCAGGGCACCAACAGAGUCAGAGUCCUCCACACUCUCUACAGCCAGAACCAGCCCUCUGCCAUCCACUACAUCUUCCCCAUCCUCAAGUGUGUCCUCAACAUGGCUGAGCUCCUCACACCCUGCUUUCACCCAUGAGAAGACAGCUGUGCCACACAUGGUGCCCCCUCUCACCACACAGAAGACCACCGCCACCACCUCCAUCAGCAGCACCUCCAAGACCUCUGUCUCCAGCAAGGCCAGCCCCACCAGCAGCACAGAAGCCCCUCUCACAGAGACAUCUCCAAGUCCCAGUUCUCCAUCUGCUCCCAGCAGCACGCUCAGCACCCGACUGCCAUCUGCUGCCACGGCCACAGUCUCCUCCACAAUGUCCCCAGCCACCAGCCCCAAGCCCACACCUACAACCCUAAGGUCGCUGCCCUCUUCUGCAACCAUCAGGGCACUAACAGAGUCCCCUACACCAGAGUCCUUCACACCCUCCACAGCCAGAACCAGCUCUCUGCCAUCCACUACAUCUUCCCCAUCCUCAAGUGUGUCCUCAACAUGGCUGAGCUCCUCACACUCUGCUUUCACCCAUGAGAAGACAGCUGUGCCACACAUGGUGCCCCCUCUCACCACACAGAAGACCACCGCCACCACCUCCAUCAGCAGCACCUCCAAGACCUCUGUCUCCAGCAAGGCCAGCCCCACCAGCAGCACAGAAGCCCCUCUCACAGAGACAUCUCCGAGUUCCAGCUCUCCAUCUGCUCCCAGCAGCACGCUCAGCACCUGGCUGCCAUCUGCUGCCACGGCCACAGUCUCCUCCACAAUGUCCCCAGCCACCAGCCCCAAGCCCACACCUACAACCCUAAGGUCGCUGCCCUCUUCUGCAACCAUCAGGGCACCAACAGAGUCCCCUACACCAGAGUCCUUCACACCCUCCAUAGCCAGAACCAGCCCUCUGCCAUCCACUACAUCUUCCCCAUCCUCAAGUGUGUCCUCAACAUGGCUGAGCUCCUCACACUCUGCAGCUUUCACCCAUGAGAAGACAGCUGUGCCACACAUGGUGCCCCCUCUCACCACACAGAAGACCACCGCCACCACCUCCAUCAGCAGCACCUCCAAGACCUCUGUCUCCAGCAAGGCCAGCCCCACCAGCAGCACAGAAGCCCCUCUCACAGAGACAUCUCCAAGUCCCAGCUCUCCAUCUGCUCCCAGCAGCACGCUCAGCACCUGGCUGCCAUCUGCUGCCACGGCCACAGUCUCCUCCACAAUGUCCCCAGCCACCAGCCCCAAGCCCACACCUACAACCCUAAGGUCGCUGCCCUCUUCUGCAACCAUCAGGGCACCAACAGAGUCCCCUACACCAGAGUCCUUCACACCCUCCACAGCCAGAACCAGCUCUCUGCCAUCCACUAUAUCUUCCCCAUCCUCAAGUGUGUCCUCAACAUGGCUGAGCUCCUCACACUCUGCAGCUUUCACCCAUGAGAAGACAGCUGUGCCACACAUGGUGCCCCCUCUCACCACACAGAAGACCACCGCCACCACCUCCAUCAGCAGCACUUCCAAGAUCUCUGUCUCCAGCAAGGCCAGCCCCACCAGCAGCACAGAAGCCCCUCUCACAGAGACAUCUCCGAGUCCCAGCUCUCCAUCUGCCUCCAGCAGCACGCUCAGCACCUGGCUGCCAUCUGCUGCCACGGCCACAGUCUCCUCCACAAUGUCCCCAGCUACCAGCCCCAAGCCCACACCUACAACCCUGAGGUCACUGCCCUCUUCUCCAACCAUCAGGGCACCAACAGAGUCUCCUACACCAGAGUCCUCCACACUCUCUACAGCCAGAACCAGCCCUUUGCCAUCUACUGUAUCUUCCCCAUCCUCAAGUGUGUCCUCAACAUGGCUGAGCUCCUCAUACCCUGCAGCUUUUACCCAUGAAAAGACAGCUGUGCCACACAUGGUGCCCCCUCUCACCACACAGAAGACCACCGCCACCACCUCCAUCAGCAGCACCUCCAAGACCUCUGUCUCCAGUAAGGCCAGCCCCACCAGCAGCACAGAAGCCCCUCUCACAGAGACAUCUCCGAGUCCCAGCUCUCCAUCUGCCCCCAGUAGUGCGCUCAGCACUUGGCUGCCAUCUGCUGCCAUGGCCACAGUCUCUUCCACAAUGUCCCCAGCCACCAGCCCCAAGCCCACACCUACAACCCUUACCACUGCGACAUCUGGGCCUGCAGAGAGCACUACAUAUUUUUACUCCCCAAACACCACAUUUACCUCACAUGGUAAACCAUCUUCAUUAGCAGUUCCUACCAGUAUUCCUGCCAAGUCCACUGCAGUUUUGAAUCCAAGUGCUUUGUCUACAACAGUUACUUUUGCUCCUGCUGUCAUUACUACAGCUUCAACAGAGUCAACUGAAAGGACAUCUUUGCAAACGACGACAUUAACCACCACCCACACCACAUCAUUGCCUUCUUUCACCUCUAGACUUUCAACAUCCUUGUCUUCUGUUGUACCAGUAACAGUGCAGCAAGAGCGUUGUAGAGAAGUCAAAUAUGAAGAAAGAAUAACUUAUAAGGGCUGUUCUACAAAUAUCACUUUGAGUCGAUGUGAAGGAUCGUGUCCAUCUUCAACAAAGCUGAAUGUGGAGAGGAUGGCAGUGACCACAGCCUGCGGCUGCUGUCAGCCUCUCCAGCUUCUCCGGAAGGAAUUCCAGCUGCCAUGCCAAGACCCAGAGAAUCCUGAAAAAAGGUUCAUUGCAGAAAUUCCUGUAUUUCGGGGCUGUGUCUGUACUUUAGACAGCUGCAUACACUAG